AUGGUGGUUAAGGAAUGUCGUACCGUUAUGCUUAUCUAUGAAAUAGACAUUUCUCAUCUUAUGGUUCAUGGCAAACAAAUCGAAGAGGAGAAACUUAAGGAAGGGUCUAAAGAGGAAAAAAGGGCUAAGACCGGUGAUGGUAAAUUCUCACACGCGAAGUCCAGUGGACAUGGUAUUCCUAAGUGUGGAAGAAAGCAUAAGGGUAAAUGCUUAGCUGGCACGAAUGGUUGCUUUGGUUGUGGAAAGAGUGGUAAUAAGAUGAGGGAUUGCCUAAUGCUUGUCGCUAAAGAGAGAGAAAGUAAACAAGCUCCGUCUAGUGGUGUGGGUUCUAGUGCCACAAAGCAAAACUUAUUAUAUGCACUUCAGACUAGUGGUGAAGAAGAGGGUUGA